GUCCGGAACAUUUCUCAGACGGACCGGUCCGACAGGAUAUGUCUCCGCAUGUUGUGCAUCUCUGCAGGUCAGUCAGUUUCUGAUUCUUGUUGUUUUUCCACGAUCACGAAGAUUCUGCGAGUUUUUACAGAGCGAGUGUUUUUGUUUCCUGCAGCAGUAAUUCACCGUCCUGUGUCCGCUCUUAAUUUAUCAUUUUAUCAUUAAUAACAUUUUUAAAAAAUAUUUAAAUACAUGUGACCCUCAACCUUCUUCUUAUUUUAUUUCUGUUUUUGGUUUAAAGGAACAAAAUUAAAGUUUAUUUCGUUUGUUCUGAUUUAAUGAAACACGAAAAUUAGUUUAAGGUUCAAUCAGAAACAAACAGACUGAUAAUUAUCAUCAUUGUUAUUAUUAUUAUUAUUAUUAUUAUUGUUGUUGGAAAAUGAGGAUUAUAAUUCAAAAACAACAUCUGUUUGAUCAGCUGUUUUUACGGUCCUCUCUGAAGCAGCAGGUCUGUCUUUAAGAGUAGGGCUGGGCGAUAUCAGAGAAAGUUUAUCAGGAUAUAUUUUCUUCAUAUCAGCUGAUAUCGAUCAAUAUCAGGAUAUAAAACUGUAACAGUGUUUAUUGGUCUCAUGUCUUUUCCAACACAAUAAUCUCCUGCGUCUGUGAGGUCUUUGUGUCUCUUUGACUUGAAUACCGACCAAAGUCUGUAUUUCUGGUUGUUUCCUGUUUGUUGUUGUUUCUCAUAAAUAUCAUCGUUUUAUCGCCCAGCUCUACCUGUAAGUUUUGGUUUAUCUCUGUACUAACACACAAACACACGCAGAGACCCUGAAGUCCAGGUUUCUUGCAGACAUGGAUGAUGGAACCCCUGAUGAGGUCUUUGCUGAUCUGAAGCCGAAGAAUCUGGGAGGAUGGGGGGUCGCUCAGAUCGCCGCUGGGACUGGACUCGCAGUUUAUGCCAUGUGGGUGGGAAUCCUCCAGCCGGGUUUCCGUAAAGUCCCACUGAGACUUCAGGUAUGGUCCACACCUUCACCGUCUGCAGAGUCGUGGUUUCAGUUUUAAUCUGACUGCGUGUUUGUCGUCACUCUCUGGUUUCAUGUCUCUGUCUUCAGCUGUUUUGUGUCAUGAAGGUGCAAAUACCUGAAAAAUAAAUUCAAACUGUUACAGAUUAAAAUGUCUUUACGAUUUUGCUGAAGGUCCCGUACAUCCCUGCCAGCAAAGCUCAAGUAGAAAACGUCAUGAUGCUGCUGAGAGGUCGAGCGGGGGGUCUUACAGAUCUGGGGUCCGGUGAUGGUCGUAUCGUGAGUAUCAGCAGGAUGAUGGCGCUCUUCUGUCCGUCUCUGAUGAGGAUCCGGUUCUUCAUGGUUUUCUUCUCUCCUCAGGUCCUGACGGCCCAUCAGCGCGGCUUCACGCCUGCUGUCGGCUAUGAGCUCAACCCCUGGCUUGUCCGCCUGGCUCGCUAUCAUGCGUGGAGAGCAGGGCAUCUUGGGAAAGUUUCUUACCUGCGGGAAGAUCUUUGGAAGGUUUGACUUUCUUUACUGAUGUUACAGUCGAUACAGACUGAAGAGGCUCCGGUCUGAGAUCUCUGUCCGUCUUUCUCUCACUGAGGUUUUAUCUCUCCUUUCUUUAUUCCUCCGUUUUUCAUCGCAGGUCAACUUGACUGAAUGCAAGAAUGUCACCGUGUUUUUGGCUCCGAGUGUGGUGAGUAAGAUAACGAACAGACGAUCUGUACAUUUAGUAAUUCCUCCUGUUUAAGCCAUGAAACUAAGAACUACAACCAUAAUCAGAUUGUUAGAUUUGAGAGGCGAACACAGUUAGUCUGAGCUGCGGCUGCGUUCCUCUAAAUAAUCCUGGUUUGACUUUCAGGAGAUUUAUGUAAAAAAAUGUAUUUAUUAAAGAAUCUUGUCUUUUCUUCGUAGCUGUCGUUGUUGCAGGAGAAGCUGCUGGCGGAGCUUCCUGACGACGCCUUAGUGGUUGCUGGUCGUUUUCCCUUCCCUGAUUGGACGCCCAGCAGGACUGAGGGACAGGGCGUGGACAGAGCCUGGGCGUACAGUAUGAAGGAACUGAGAGGCUGCUCACAGAAGAAUGAUGAGUAAAGUAAACUAACUAACCGAGGAGAAACAUCUACUUGAAUGUUCCCACUCCAGUUUUAAUCUCUGUCUCUUAUUUAUUUAUUCCUCCGGGUGUUUUGAAGAAGCCGUUUGAAGAUAACUCGCUCCAGUGUCGGGGUGUUUGUUUUAAAAUGACAGUCAGAGCACUUUUAGACUUUUUACCUCCGACCUCAUGUUCACUAACCAAACAUUUAUCUCCACUCCUGUUACAGUGAUCAGCAAACCCACAGAUAUUUAUAUUCAUUUCUAAACAGUGUUGUUCCAGAAGUAAAACUAAAGGUCUGUGUUCUCAGUGAGCUUCAACAAUAAUGACGUUUUUAAAAACCUCACACAGUGUUACACUAAAAAACUAAAUGUCUCCUCAUAGAAGUAAACACACAGAAACAGCUGUCUCAUCUGUGUGUGUUUGCUGUUACCUUUUCUCUCAAAUCUUUAAAUAAAUAUGAAGUUUCAUUUACUGUCAUAUUCUGAUUCAGUAAUGUUUGUGUACUUGUACUUUUUAGAUACUUUUAAAAAUAAGUUUUCUUUCUCUUGCUGAAGUAAAAUCUAUUGAAAGCAGUUUUUCACCACAUUUUACAUCAAAUCAGUUACAGAGCGAAAAAAAACCUCAAACUGAAAUCUGAGUUAAAAUACUGCAAACCAAAGUUUGUGUCAUGAGUGCCUUGUUAACGUACAUACUCGGGCUUGUCUGAAGGUUUUUUUCUUCUACAUAAUAUAUUUUAUUUAAAGUAACUGAGCUUCAAGCUUUUAUUUGAGUAGAAAAGUUAAGAAACCUUCUCUGAAGUUUAUCAGAUUAGAUUCAUUUUAACUUUUUAUCAUUGUGUUUAAUUUUAUCUGAAGGUCUCUUGGAUACUGAAGUUGUUCGGUUGGUUUCAGGAUGAGUUUGACAGACAUCAGAGGACCUGUUUGACUUUUACUUUGUUUUCUGUUGUUUGACUUUUGUCUAAUUCUGUGAAUUUACAGGAAAAGUCCCUGAAAUGUCUUCAUUUUAACUACAUUGAGUUAUUGCAUGUAUUAUUCAGGUCUAUGAAGUUGUUUGCUGCUCCUCCACCCUUGUCUUGAUUUGACUGAUUCUGUUGUUUUAUCACAGUUUUCUUCAAACACACUUGUCUAAUAAACCGUGUGUACUCUGAAAGCUC